AAGAAGUCUUCAAGUGAUUUGGUGAUCUCGUUCCAAUCACCAGACACAAACAGCUUUGAUACAAUCCAUAGAUCGCUGACAUCUUCCUUAAAUACGUCAAAAUUCUUUUGUAUCUGGUAGGAGGUAUUGGUCUGUUUUUCCUUUGCUAGAAUAGGGGACUGCACUUGAGGCCUUUUCUUUACAUCUCUGGAACAGGGGACUGCGCAUGAGGCUUUUCCAACACUUUAAUUGUGGUCUGUGUAUUCGUUGAUGAAGCAGAGGAUGGAGAGCUUUGAUUUUCCUUUACUAUAUCCCCAAAGAUCAAGUUGUGUCUCAACGAGGAGAAGAACACUCGGGGCAGACCGUGUUGAAAAUUUGAAGCUUUCGAAAUCAGUUGCCUCCAUGGUUAUCUAACAAGUGUAACAUCUUUGUUUAAAAAACAUUAAGCAAUUGAAGGAAGGAAUGCCAGCCUUGCUAAGAAGUACGCACAGGAACAUGGAUAUAUUGUUGACUCCUAGUGACCGGCCAAAUGAAACAUCUCAGAAUCCAACCAAAGCCAUUUGAAAACAAGUGGACUCGUCCUUCCACCCCUACGGGAAAUGCUCAGUCUCGAAAACCAGACAAUCAUCUCCCGUCCUCUAAUCACAAAUGCACAGAUGGAGAGUCUUGCAAGCGCCAAAUUGCUGAAGAUUUUCAAAACGAGAGGCCAUUAUGGAAAUUAACUUGUUAUGGCCACAAUAAAAAUGAACCUUGUGACAUUGUCGGUGAUGUUAGUUACGAAGAACUACGGACAAUUGCUUAUGAUGAAGCCAAACGAGGAAUAAGUUUGCAAUCAAUUGUUGAACGAGAGAGAAAUUUACUUAAUUCUAAGUUAGCCGAGUUUGAGGGCCUUCUUCAUAAGCCAUAUGUAACACCAUCAAAUCGUGCUCCUGGCAACCAAAGCUCAUUUUCAGGAACUAAUUCUCCUUCAAUUCUACCAAGUGCUCAAAAUAACACUCCUUCAUUGUCAAGUUUUAGCCAGUUGGGUGCAUCACUUAAUACAGGAUUUGGUGCUAGGCCCUCUAAUUCACCUAAUACUGUAUUUGGCCAGCAAUUUCAAUUUUCAAGCCCCGUGCAAAACUCGAGUGGAUUUGGAAUGACCAAUUUUCCAUCAACAAGUGUGGUUGCAGUUGGAGGUGCAGUUGGUAGCCAAACAUUUGGGAACCUCUCUACUCCAAGUGGCUUCAAUAACAAUGGCAUAGCAAAUGCUGGAAGUAAUAUUUUCUCUUCAGCAACCCUAACAAAUCUCCCUCCAAUGAACGCAAAUUCAAGUGCCAGUGGACAAAUUGCACCAAAUGCCCAAUUGGUAAAUAAGUUACAGCAAGAAAAUAGUUCUGUGGACGUCGGCAUUUGGAUGAAAGAGAAAUGGGUUCCUGGAGAGAUACCGGAAAUGGCUCCUCCAGAUGCAGUUGUUCAGUAACCCAUAUUUUUUAGGACCAUAUUACUAAAAUACGUAUGUGCAAAUGCAUGUAGUGAUGUACCUACAUUUGAUAGCAAUAUAUAGUAUUAGUAGCAGUUUAGGAAAUAUGAAUGUAUAACUUCAAACUUUACGAGUUUAAAGGGGAAUUUUUAGAAUUUUGCAAUAAAUGAAUGACACAAGAUCCUAAUGGUUUAUCAAUAACCUCUUGAUAAGAAAUUUGAAUUAUCA